AUGCCUACCGAGCUAGAGGAGCUGGUAGAAUUCCUACACCAUGGAAACACGCAGAUUCGGCAGGUCGCUGCAGAGAAUCUGCUGGGUUACUCGCAGGCCGACUUGCCUCUCUUUAAGCGCAACCAGCUUGAGCCCGUCAAGGACUUGAAGCUCCUCGUGAAAGAUUACGCGCCUAUUGCGAAAAAUGCUCUUACCAUGCUCAUCAACAUCUCGCACGACGGCGAAGUCCUCAGGGCGCUGAACGACGACACCUUCCUCGAGGCACUACUGUCGCGAAUAACCAACAAGAAGGAACCCAACGCGAACGAGAUCGCCAUGCUGCUCGCCAACAUGGCCAAGGACGACUCGCUGCAGCGCGUGCUGAAGCUCAAGCGCGCCGUGCCCAAAGAGCUUUCCACGUCAGAAUGGGCCAUGGACCAGCUGAUGGACUGUUUCGUCAAGGGUGGAGAAGGCGGUUAUAACAAGGAUGCCGACUAUGACUACCUGGCCUACUUCUUCGCCGACUUGUCGAAGUUUCCCGAGGGCCGCGAAUACAUGACUACACCGCAAGCGCAUGACUCCGACAUCGUACCGUUAACAAAGUUACAAGUGUUCACAUCACACAAUUCGCACAUCCGUCGCCUCGGUGUGGCGUCGACCCUUAAGAACUGCGCUUUCCAUGUCCCAGCCCAUCCGACCCUUGUUUCAAAUCUCAACCCCGACCCGGCCCUUCCACCACCACACAUUGGCGUAAACCUGCUACCUUAUGUCUUGCUCCCGCUCAUGGGACCAGAGGAGUACUCCGAUGAAGACACAGAGGGCAUGCUCGAGGAGUUGCAGUUGCUGGAACCGGAUAAGGAGCGUGAGAAGGACCUCGAGAUCAUGAAGACGCAUUUGGAGACUCUGCUUCUACUAUGUACGACAGUUGACGGCAGAAAGGUGAUGAGAGAAGUUAAGGUGUACCCAAUUGUACGGGAAUGCCAUCUCCAAGUCGAGGAUGACGGAGUCCGGGAGGCGUGCGAUCGCGUUGUGCAGAUCAUCAUGCGCAACGAGGAGGGCGAGGAAGAGGAGAUACCCCAGGGAGCCAUGAGUGCAGCAGGAGCAGGCGGGGGGAAGAUGGUGGCGCUGAAGAACGAGGCUGAGGAGGAAGACGAAGACGACCAGAUAGUCGAGAUAUGUUAG